CAAAAGGCCGACAUUGAAAAAAGAAAAUUGUGUUUUACAAUUUAUAGUCUUAAAACCUUUCUUUAACAAUAAUUGUUUAGCUAAAUUAUAAUAUGUUUAAAAAGUUUUCAAAUUUUUUUUUUCUCAUACAAAUUUUUUUAUAUUAGAUGGUCCUAAAUAGCUUAAUUAAAAAGGUUUGCAAUAAAGCAUGAGCACUGAUAAAAAAAAGCACAGAUGUGAUGAAGAAAAUUCUAAUGAGGCUCUGGUAGUUAAGAAGAAAAAAAAGUCAAGUACUGAAUGCGAUUAUGAUAAAAAAUUUAACGAUAGGGAUGAUACUACAGAAAAUUAUCAAGAUAGUUCAGAGGCAACAGAGAAUAGCACUAAAAAGAAAAAAAAAUCCAAAAAAUCUAAAAAAGAAGAAAAGAGUGACAUAAAAAAAAAUGAUAGUGUUUCUGAAGAAUGUAAACCAGAUAAAAAAAAAAAUAAAAAAAAUUCAGAACACUCAGAAGAAAACUUGAAAGAGUCUAAAAGUUCUAAAUCAAGUGAAGAGGAUGAAUCAAAUUUAGAGAAACGCCCAUAUGCUGGUCAAUGGAGUGAAGUAAAUUUGGGCAGCGGUGACCGCAAAGACAAGUUUCUUCGAUUACUUGGUGGGUAUAAAUCAUCAAACAUAGAAAAACAAGAGAAAAAAAAAUUUUCAAAUUUUGCUUUCAGUAAGAAGAAAGAGGAACGUCUGAACGAUAACUUAGAAAAACAAUACGAAACUGCAUGGAGCAUUACUCGUGAAAAAAGAGGUUUGGGACUGGGGUUUGACAACUCCGCUACCAACGAAGAAAAAAAGCCAUCUUUUUCAUGGUCGUAAAUAUAAUAAAAUUCUAUGGAAAACGUUUUAAUGAGAUGUUACUAUUCAGGUUGAAGCUAUUAAACUAUUCAAAACUUUGUUACUUUUGUUUAAAUACAAUUUUAUGAAAUUGUUGCAAUCUAGAGAAUGAGCGAAAAUCCACUCAAAAAAAGUGUUUCUUUCGAAAGUUUUGAUGACGAUAGUAUGCAACCGUACGCUUCCAGCAGUUCUAAGAAAACCUCUCUCAACAGUACCAAGAAUUAUUCUGUUAAUGAACAAUAUCUCGAUUAUCAGUUUAUUCUUUCAGUCAUUGAUCAUCCAAAGAAGAACAGCGAAAAGUCUCCUAAUGAUCCAAUAAAACCAACUAUAUCAAAGAAAACUGCUAAAACACUCAAAUAAUAAUCAAAAUUUUUUUAUAAAUGUUGACGCCAUGUUUCAAUUUGGUGACAUUAAAAGGUGUUGAGGUUAAUGCGACUGCUUUUGUGACGCGAGUUUAUAUUAGCAAUAUUUUCGUGACAGUUGCUUGUAAUUUUUAAAAGAUUUAUUAAUUAAAUUUAAAGGAAAAUUUUCUCACAA